CAAGCAGCACGCACCAAGGACGGGAGAGGUAGAAGAAGCUAACAGCCUAACAGAACGUCUCUCAUAGCAGAGAGAUGGAGGAGAUCCUUCGCAACAACCACUACCAACUGUGCGAUGAGAUCGGACGUGGCCGAUUCGGCACCAUCUUCCGCUGCAUUCACCUCCUCUCCGAUCGAUUCUUUGCCUGCAAACUCAUCGACAAGCGCCUCCUCUCCGAUCCCACCGAUCGCUCUUGUCUCCACAACGAACCCAAGUACAUGUCUCUCCUCUCUCCUCACCCCAACAUUCUUCAGAUCUUCCACGUCUUCCACCACGAUCACUUUCUCUCCAUCGUCCUUGAGCUCUGCCACCCCCACACCCUCCUCGACCGCAUCGUUGCUCGCCCCUUCCCUGAGGCCGAAGCCGCUUCUAUCAUGAAGCAACUGCUCGAAGCCCUCGCCCACUGCCACCGUCUUGGCAUAGCGCACAGAGACAUCAAGCCCGACAAUCUCUUGUUUGAUUCUGGUAAUAAUCUCAAGGUUGCCGACUUUGGGUCCGCACAGUGGUUCGGCGACGGUAGAAGCAUGAGUGGAGUGGUCGGGACGCCUUACUAUGUGGCGCCGGAGGUAUUAAUGGGGAGAGAAUACAAUGAGAAAGUAGAUGUGUGGAGCAGCGGCGUGAUUUUGUACAUAAUGUUGGCCGGAUUUCCUCCUUUCCACGGGGAGUCGGCCGCCGAUAUCUUUGAGGCCGUGGUCAGGGCCAAUCUGAGGUUCCCUUCCAGGACUUUCGGGUCCGUCUCUCCUGCUGCCAAGGAUCUACUCAGGAAGAUGAUCUGUAGGGAUGUUUCAAGGAGAUUAUCGGCAGAGCAAGCCUUGGGGCAUCCGUGGAUCCAGAGCGGAGGGGAGAAAACGGAUCUGACGUGAAAAAACAGAGGGCGACUGGGAGUUUAUCCGAGCGUGAGUUCAAUUUUGGCGCCUGUAUAUAAGUUUUUCUGUCGCCGCAACGAAAAUCGUUUAUUUUCCUUUUUCUGAUGCUGCUGAUAUAUGAACAUGAUGGCUGACCACCGAUAAUCGUCUUCCUCCACCGUCUUGAUCCUUUUCUUUCCUUUUCUGGGUUUUCGCAUGGUGAUAGGAAGUGGGGAAGUAUGAUAUAAUCCGAGUAGCCAUCUAGCGUUCGUUCGCUCGUUUGUUUUAGGUGAGUGAGAAUGAAAAGUGCUUGUAAUGUAAACUAGUAAAAGAGUGCUGAUAUCUGGAGUGAUUCUGAA